AGGAAAAGGAAAAAUGUGGUCCAAAUAAAAGGUCAAUAUGAAUCGGAACUCUUGCGUACAAAAUCCAAUUCCAAGUGAAAGGCCUUAACUUUCGCAGCAACCGAUUCUCAACUCCGAUUCCACAGAGUUGUCUUAGUGUUAUAGACGAGUAUGGCAUCUAGCAGUGGCCAGAAUGGAAUUCAACUCCUUUUAGCUGCCGAACAGGAAGCCCAACACAUUGUCAAUAAUGCCAGGACUGCUAAACAGGCUAGAUUGAAGCAGGCCAAGGAAGAAGCUGAGAAGGAGAUAGCUGAAUUUCGUGCUUACAUGGAGGCUGAGUUUCAGAGAAAGCUUGAACAGGUAACUAAGGAACAAAUAGUUCUGGAAGAAGAUCCCAUUGGCAUAGUAAUGGUAUCAACUAGUAUGUUCGUGGAAAAUCAUGACUUCGACCAGAUCUUGUCCUCCUUUUAAAUGCUUUUCAUUUUA